AUGGUCGCCGUCAGCGACGCGCGUGAUGGUGCCGACUCGCUUGUUAUUGAUAACAUCGUCCACCACGCUUCGCCGGAGAUGAUGAACGUGGUGCGCUCCAAUCUUUUGAGCGCGGCAGCAGCGCGGUGGGUCGUGAGGUCGUCGCCGCGCACGUGGAAGGCCAACCUCAAGGGCGCGAUCACGUGCUACCGAUGUGAGCGACCAGGCCACAUCGCGGCCGACUGUCGCGCGCAAGUCGUGCACGACGACGAGACACCCGCGGAGGGUAGAGGCGCCAGCAUGAUCCCUACACUGACCGAGAAGCGCAGGGCAACCAUGAAGAAGCGCAACAAGAGGAAGAAGGGAUCGCGUGACAAGGACGCCGCAGCGAUCACUGCAAGCGAUGAAGCGCGAUCCAUAGACGACUCUUGCCGCUUCGUGCUUACGACGAGAGACGGAGUACGAGCCACGGAUGGCACGCGCGGCCUCGUACUUGCGUCGACGACUUGCAGCCACGAGAUUGCAAAGGCAGACGGCGAGUCGCUUUACCCUACGCGUGUCGGCAGCGUGCACAUUGAGUUUCUCGCUCGCGGCGCUGAGGCGGUCGUGACGCUCACGGAUGUGUACUUGGCGCCGCGACUGGCAAAGAAUAUUGUGUCGUACGGCAAGCUCGCGAACAAAAGAUUUACCCUAGUACACUCCGGCCACAAGCGCUCGCUCGCUCGGUGCCGAGAUGGUGCGGUCGCGUUCGAUGCAACAAUCGACAGCAACGUGCUGUAUGUCGUGACGAAGACCACGCGCGACAAGGAAAGUGCAGGCGGUGACGUAUUCAUGGCGGCGCUCGAAGCGCAUGCCACGGAAACCAACGCCGACGAGCCGCGAAGCCUCACUGUUUCACUGGCACCAGCGACUCGGCCACCUUGCGGCAAGCAGAAGCGCAACGCGCAGUCCCAACAAGACAGCGGCAAGCACUCACCUAUAUAUCGCAUUGGCGGCGUCAUCUGCUCGGACCAGAAGGGUCCAAUGACGCCGCAGGACCGACUCGACAAUAUUUACCUUGUAAACUUCGUUGAUCACAAGAGCAGCUACUGCCGAUUCUUCCUCGCGCGCACGAAGGACGUUGCAGAGAAGCAGUUUGAGGCGUUCCUCGUCACUUUGAGAAGCUUUUCGGGUUCAAGGUCCACGUGCUCCGCACGAACGGCGGCAGAGAAUACGCCAACGUGGACCUGUUCUGCGAGCGCACGGGCGUCGCGCACCAAGUGUCGGAGGAGCGCACAUGAUGUCUGCCUGCGCGCUGUCUCGGAUGUUUUGGGGAGACGCGACGCUAUACGCCAAUCACCUUCUCAACCGGAGCUCCACGCGAUCAAACGCAAGGAGAGCGUCACCAAUCGAGGUGCUGACGGGCAAGACGCCGGAUCUGCGUGGAAUUGUCAAUUUGGCUCCCAGUGCUGCGUGCAUAGGUACCCGAGCAAGAACUCGCUGCUGCAGCGCUCGGGCCGCACCAUCAUUGUCGGCUUCAGCGAGGAAAUUAAGGGCUACAAGGUGCUGCUAUCGCGUGACAACAAACGCGCGAUGGACGUCUGCGAUCGAGCCGGAGGCCUUGAGGAGACGUACGCGCCAGCAGCAGCAGUGGAGAGAGAUGGUCGCGCAGAGGGCAACAGGGCGACGCGUAAAAGCAGAAAGAGAUGGACUCGAGCGGUGCAUGGAACAACUGGGGCGUCGAAUCGCGCAGAAGCGGCCGCUCGUCAGGAGGAGACAGCCGCGAGCGUAGAAUUCUUAAAUGCUGCGUUCGAGCACGAUCCGCUAAACUACGGACAGGCAAUGCGCAGCGGCAAGCGCGAAGGGUGGGAGAAGGCGGUGAAAGAGGAGAUCGCCGCGCUCGGGGCCAUUGACGUCUGGACCAUCACAAGGCGUACUGCAGGACAGCAUGCGCUGCACACCAAAUGGGUCUACAAGACCGAGAAAGAUGCGCAGGGCGACCUCGAGCGGCUGAAGGCGCGACUGGUGGUUAGUGGCCAUAUACAGGUGCUUUGUGUCGACUACACGCUCACCUUUGCUGCCGUGAUGGACCUAUCGACGGUAAAAGUGAUCCUGGCGCUUGUAGCAUCCGAGCUGGUGCUGGAGCUGCGUAAGAGCCUCUACGGGCUCAAGCAGGCAGGCCGGCUGUGGAGCCAUCUGCUGCACUCGAAGCUCUCUACUGCCGGUUUCACGCGGUGUGAGAGCGACGUGUGUUUUUACUGGGAGCACGACGGCGACGACCUCGUCGUGGUCGGUGUGUAUGCCGACAAUCUUCAAGUGACAGGUACGAGCGCGGCGGCGGUCGAGCGGUUCUUUGCAAGCCUCGCGUCGUUGUCGAUCAAAGACAUGAAGUGUGUCAGCAAGUUCCUGGGCAUGCGCGUGACGCACAGCGGUCAGAAUGGGUACACGCCCGAUCAGGAGUAG